AUGGUGUGCGAUUCAAGUUUGAAGGCACCCAGUCCGUGGCAAAAGCAGAGUGUGAAGGCACGCGAGCGUGUGAAGGCACGUGAGCUUGUGAAGGCACGUGAGCUUGUGAAGGCACGUGAGCUUGUGAAGGCACGUGAGCUUGUGAAGGCACGUGAGCGUGUGAAGGCACGUGAGCUUGUGAAGGCACGUGAGCUUGUGAAGGCACGUGAGCGUGUGAAGGCACGUGAGCUUGUGAAGGCACGUGAGCUUGUGAAGGCACGUGAGCGUGUGAAGGCACGUGAGCUUGUGAAGGCACGUGAGCUUGUGAAGGCACGUGAGCUUGUGAAGGCACGUGAGCUUGUGAAGGCACGUGAGCUUGUGAAGGCACGUGAGCUUGUGAAGGCACGUGAGCUUGUGAAGGCACGUGAGCUUGUGAAGGCACGUGAGCUUGUGAAGGCACGUGAGCUUGUGAAGGCACGUGAGCUUGUGAAGGCACGUGAGCUUGUGAAGGCACGUGAGCUUGUGAAGGCAUGA